AUGAAGACCAAGGAGUUCUCCAAACAGGUUAGGGACGAGGUUAUGGAGAAGUACAGUAUGAAUGCUGCCAAUACUAGGUCAAUCCCAGAGGCGGAAAUCAAUAGUCUCCUGGACGACAAGGGGGACCUGGUGGUCAGCGACAAGACACACUUCGGGACACUGCUGCUAGUAGAGAGCCGGGAGCUAGUGGUCUUGAUACAGAACCAAGGCUUAGAGACCCACAGACUGAAGUGCUCCGUGAUGCUCCAGGCCCCUUUAUGGACGUGUGAGUGGUGGCCAGAGGAGUCAGACAAGGAGAUAAAAGAGAUGACCCUAUCAAGCAUCCCUGUUGACAUGGUCUCAAAGGCCACACAAACCAAAACAGAUUCCAGGAUGCCAUCUAAGCCCAUCCCAUUUUCAGGGCAGCUCUUCAACCAGCAGCUGAACCUGUCUCAGAGGAAGGCAGUGAAGUAUAUCCUGGCAGGGGAGUGCCGGCCCACCCAGUACAUCCUUUUUGGAUCCCCAGGGACAGGAAAGAUGAUCACCCUCAUGGAGGCCAUGCUGCAGGUGUGUUACCACCUGCCCAGUAGUUAUGUUCUGGUGUGCACUCUCUUCAACAGUGCUGCUGACCUCAUCUGUAUCCAGCUCCAUGACAGUGGGUCCCUGCACGCUACGAUCCUGGCCCGCGUCAACACCUCCUGA